AUGCCUCGACUCACUCACGCUCCUAACCGCUCAUCUUCUCAGCUCACGGCUUUUCGUCUGUUGUUACCACUACCGUGGCACUCUCGCUCGUCAGUCUGGUACUCUCAUGCUGGCUUCCUCUCAGCCACACCCUAUCCAGAUACUCCUUAUGGCCAACACUUCACCUUCACCACAAAAAGAGGCAUCUGUAAAGGCAGACAGAUCCUGGUAUUUGAAGAUGCUGAAGGAAAUGAGGAAUCAAGAAUUUUAUCUCUGAACUUAUACCACAACGGCACUGUCAUGAUCCAAGGCUCGGAGCCUGCCCUCCAAGCAUUUACAGUUGCCUUUAUACAAAUUAAACAGCAGGCACAUCUUAAUACAAGUUUCAUGCAGGAUCAUAAAGAUACAAAUACAAACUCUUCUCCUGUAAAAGACAUCCAAAAGAAGACAACAACUGCAACAGCCUUAAUUCAAUCUCCCAUGUCAAAAAUGAAAGAGAAAUUUUCACUCCUGGAAAUUGAUAUGGUGGAACUAAAAGAAUUAAUAAUGUCCCAGCUAAAAGACAACAGCGACUUGGAGCAGCUUAAAAAGGACAUGAUGAAUUUAAAACAAGAGACUGAAUACCUGCAGAGAAACAAAGAACAGAUGUCAAAGGAGCUUCACCAAGCUAGAGAAGAGCUGAAGGAAUUCAAAUCAACUUUCAGAAGACAGAUAACAGAAAUUAAAACAGAAAUGCAGGAAGAACUGUCUGUGUUGAAAUCAGAACUUCGAAAGAAGGAUGAACUUAUAAAUAAUAUGAAGGAACAACUUCUUCACGUUUCAUCGUCCAAAGCAUCUCACGCUAAACACCUGAGCUGUCUAGAGACCCCCACUGACAAUCAGCAAUCCCCUGCAGCGGAUGAGCCUCGCUCUUCAUCAGAUCCACAGACCAAAGCCCACCGCACUGCUCCACACAACCCCACCCAAACAGAAGCUCUUAUUCUCAUCGACUCCAACGGAAAAUACAUAAACGAGAAACUCUUGUUUCCAAAAAUGAAAGCACAGAAAAUGUGGUGCCCAAAUACCAGCAAGGCUCUUCAGAUCUUAUCUGAUAAAAAUCUGAAUGAAACUUACAAGCACAUCAUAAUCCACACAGGGACCAACGACUUACGAGCAGCGAAGGGUAACGUGGCACCUGUGCUCAGAGAGGUGGCCCUCAGAGCCUCAGAACGCUUCCCAGAAGCUAAAAUAACUCUGUCCACGUUACUGCCACGGAGUGAUGUGCCUCUUCACGUGAUCCAUGGAAACAAUGCAGAACUCUCCAGAAGCUGUGCACUCAUUCCAAAUGUUCACCUGGCUUACCAUAAAGACAUUCGGCCCCAUCAUAUGUAUGACUACAUACACCUCAACAAGAAAGGAGUACAACUUUUCGCAAGAGUGCUGAAAAGCACAGCAUUUGGUAAAACAGGAGACAAAAAUCUACACAGCAAGAGCAGCUCCCAGCCACAAAGAAACGUCCCCCCUCCUCCAAGAAGCAGACAGGACUCGACCCCUGGAGCACCAUCACAGAGCUACGCCGCAGCAGUCCAACAGCCACAAAACCCUGCAGCCGCAGAACUCAAUCAUAUAAGACACCUGCUCAACAUCAUCUGCUCCAAACUGGUCAAAUAAUGUACAAGAGUAAUACCUACACACACACACUUAAAAUGACUCUGUCAAUAUCAAUGUGGAAUAUUCAAGGCUUGAAUUCAACAGCCUUUGGACUAAAGAGUUCAAACACAGAAUUCCAGAAGAGCAUCAAAGAGAUGGAUAUUAUAAUUCUACAGGAGAC